GACGUAUUCUCGUUCGAAUCAACGACCGGUAGACAAGGACAGAGAUAUACAGAAACACAGGUUCGCACGAUUUGGCAACAUCGCGUUCGGAUCGCUGUAGCGGAGUCUACGUACGGUGGCGUCAGUAUUCCGCGAGCUUCCAUCGCGUACUCUUCAAAGAAAUUGUGACAGUGAUUGAUCGAUCGAUCGAGCGACCGAGCAAGAGAGCGAGCGAGCGAGCUAGCUAGCCGGAUUUUAGAGGUCGAAGAGAAACUGCGAAGAAAAGUCGUCUUUUUCGAUUGUUAAGGUACAACGAAGGAGAGAAAAUGGCGGACACGGAUGGACAUGAGAAUGGCACCAGCAACGGCGAUGUGCCUGAGAUCGAGCUUAUCAUCAAGGGGCAGGUCGUUGAAAUCACGAUUCAGGAAUAAAAUGGACGCGUCAACGAUCGAUGGUCGUCGAAAAGGCGCUUGUCUCUUUUGUCAGGAGUACUUUAUGGAUUUGUACCUUCUCGCCGAGUUAAAGACGAUCUCGUUGAAAGUAACUACCGUCGAUAUGCAAAAACCACCACCUGACUUUCGUACUAAUUUCCAAGCGACUCCACCUCCUAUCUUGAUCGACAAUGGCGACGCCAUAUUGGAGAACGAAAAGAUCGAACGACACAUCAUGAAGAAUAUACCCGGUGGACAUAAUCUUUUCGUACAGGAUAAAGAAGUUGCCACUUUAGUAGAGAAUUUGUUUAGCAAAUUGAAAUUGCUACUGCUCAAUGCAAAAGACAAGGAUAAAGAUCCGAAGUCAUCCUCUUUGAUGGCACACUUACGAAAGAUCGACGAACACUUGGGUCGCAAGGGUACGCGCUUUCUCACGGGCGAUACGAUGUGCUGUUUCGAUUGCGAACUCAUGCCACGACUUCAACACAUCAGGGUCGCUGGGAAAUACUUUGCCAAUUUUGAAAUUCCCGAAAGUCUGGUACAUCUUUGGAGAUACAUGCAUCAUAUGUACAGGCUUGAUGCAUUUCUACAAAGUUGUCCGGCCGAUCAAGACAUCAUUAAUCAUUAUAAAUUACAACAGAGCAUGAAGAUGAAAAAGCACGAGGAAUUGGAGACGCCAACGUUCACUACCAGCAUCCCUAUCGAGGUCAAUGACGACUAGGCUGGACCUUCGUCGAGUCUAAGAUCUCUUUUUUUUUUUUUUUUUUCUUUUCCUUGGAUUCGAGACGAUAUAGUCAGCAUCAUCAACGAUAACAACAACAACAACAAAAACAUCAAGAACAACAACACAAUCCUCCUAAUACGAUCGACCUAUCGCGACAACGAAUAUUUGAUGUAAGCGAAGUUUCGAUGGACCGUGUUUCGAACUUGAAGAUGAAUCAUUCGUGUCUUGUCGUUAGAGAAGGAAGGAAGGAAUGGAGAAAAGGAGAACAUUCCAUCGAAACUUCUCGUCGUUUAAAAAAUUAGUGUUGACACGAAUAAGUCGAUCAAUGUAAAAAAUAUUUCGGAAAGCCUUUGCUACAUAUAUAUAUAUAUAUAUAUAUAUAUAUAUAUAUAUGUUUGCGUGUGUAUGGCUGAGCCAAAUCCAGACUAACUUAGCUUUUUUAUCGCGGUAUUUUGAACAAGUAAAAAAGAAAAAAACAAUAAUAAAAAAAAA